CUUUGUUUAAUGUUUUUAAUAUUAUUAUUAUUAUUAUUAUUAUUAUUAUUAUUAUUAUUAUUAUCAUUAUUAUUAACUCGCCGCACGUGCGCACCGACAGGCGCUACUAAUUUAAUUUCUAUAAAAAUAAAAAAAGUCUAUAUUAUUUAUAUCUUUCCCCUCACGAGACUGAAAUAACAGACGGAUCUGUACUUUCCUGCCACUUUGUUUAUUUUACCGACACUUUUUAAACCCGUGUGAUUUUACUGAUGAAGAUUGUGUUACUGUUUAAAGACUCCGAGGUGAAUUCGGAGAGAGAAAUGAUCCCAAAUCUCCUGAUUACAUCCUUUUUAUAAAUCUAUAUUCUCCAGUGCAGUGGACUGUGAGAGUGUGAACUUGUGUAGAAAUGUACGCAGGAAGGAAAAGAAGAAAAGCCGUACAGAAAGCUGUGAAGCAGCCUCCAGCUGACGGAGUGAAGUCAAACCCGUCUAAACGUCAUCGUGACCGUCUGAACUCAGAGCUGGAUCGUCUCGCUCGCUUGUUACCGUUUCCUGAUGACAUCACAUCGAGUCUGGACAAACUGUCCAUCCUGCGGCUGAGCGUCAGCUUCCUGCGCACCAAAAACUUCUUCUCUGUUACCCUAAAGAAUCAUACUAAUAAAGGAUUGCCACCCAGUAACGGUAACCAUGACAACAGUAAAGCUAUGGGAUUGGUGGAUAGACAGCUACCGGAAGGGGAACUCCUCCUGCAGGCUCUUAAUGGUUUUGUGUUAGUGGUCACAUCAGAAGGGAUCAUAUUCUACGCCUCACACACUAUACAGGAUUACCUAGGAUUCCACCAGACGGAUGUGCUACAUCAGUGUGUGUUUGAGUUGGUCCAUACGGAGGAUCAGCAGGCAUUUAGGCGUAAUCUGCACUGGGCUCUGAACCCUCCUACUACAGAGCAACAGCCAGAGAACUCACAGAGUUCUGUCGCCAGUUCCUCUUCAGCCUCUUCAGUUACUUAUAAACCAGAUCAGCUGCCUCCGGAGAACUCGUCCUUUCUGGAGAGGAGCUUCAUCUGUCGCUUCCGCUGCCUGCUAGACAACUCCUCCGGCUUCCUGGCACUGAAUCUCCAGGGUCGCCUGAAGUUCCUCCACGGACAGAACAGACGACUGGAUGAUGGCGGUCAAGCCCCGCCCCAACUGGCCCUGUUUGCUGUAGCCACGCCCCUCCAGUCUCCUUCCAUCUUGGAGAUCCGAACCAAGAACAUGAUCUUCAGAACCAAACACAUGCUGGACUUCACUCCUAUGGCCUGCGAUGCCAAGGGUAAAAUAGUCCUGGGUUACACCGAGGCAGAGCUCCGUGUCCGCGGUACGGGCUACCAGUUCAUCCACGCAGCCGACAUGCUGUACUGUGCAGAGAACCACGUCCGCAUGAUUAAGACUGGGGAGAGUGGCCUGACCGUGUUUCGACUGCUCACCAAGGAAAACCGGUGGAAAUGGGUUCAGGCCAAUGCCAGGCUCGUCUAUAAAAACGGCAAACCUGAUUACAUCAUCGCCACUCAGAGGCCGCUUGGGGAGGAAGAAGGAGGUGAGCAUCUAAGGAAACGUUCCAUGCACCUCCCCUUCACGUUCGCAACCGGUGAAGCUUUGUUGUAUCAGACCAGCUUCCCCAUCCCCGGCUUCUCUGAUAGCAUGACUGCCAAAGGCAAGAGUGGGAAAGCCAAGAAAACCAAAGUAGACAAAGGGUCAAAAGAUGAGCCGGACCCUAGCUCCCUGCUCGGUGCAAUGAUGAGGCAGGACAAGUCGGUUUACGUAUGCCAACCUGCGUCAGAGCCUAAGGUCCCAUACCACAGCAGCCUGUUGACCAAACAGGAGGAGACCAGCACUUUUUCUUCAUCUGUGGAAAGUGAGAGCUGGAUUUCUGCACCAAACGGAGUUCCCAAGUCUGAAGUGCCAACUAGUUUUGACCCCCUGCUGGCUACCCUAGACUCUCUGUCACUAGAAAACGAGGAAAACUGCUCCAACACGGAGUUGUUUAAUGCACUGGAAAAUCUGGGCUUGAAUGCCGAGGAUCUGGAGCUUCUGCUCCUGGAUGAGAGGAUGAUCCAGGUGGAAAUGGAACCGGAAUACAUCCCUUCCCUCAACGAUCUCCUUACUAACAACGAGAUACUGUCCUAUGUCCAUGAUUCACUAGAAAACAGGACAAGCAACGGGGAUAGUCUUGUUCCCCUUACUGCCCCAGACCUUGUGGAUCCUAUAGAGGGCUCCUCAAAUCCAUACAACCCAUCCUCAAUGUCUGAAUCCACUCCUGUUUCAAGUCCAUACCUACCCUUCCAACACCCUAAACAUUCAUCACCCAUUCUGCAUCUGUCGCAGCAGAUGCAGCAGCACUUGAGCACUCAGUCUCUGCACCAAAAAUGCCACAGCUGGAUUCCUGAGACACAGUCGAGUGAGGUCACCUUCCCUCAGCACAGUUCAGUACUUGUUAAUGCAGUAGCUGAUGUUCAGAAUGGUCACUGGAUCCCUGAACAAACUCUGGAGGAAGUCUCACAGGACAGCGUAAAGUUUCCAGACCCGAAUAAACAUCAGCAGCCUUGGCGCCAAAACCAGACGCGGCCCCAUUUUCUGUAUAAACAUGAACAUAUAAAUGGUGGUGGCUCUCAAAAUGGGAUCUACCCCACUCCUCAGUGGCAAGGACCCGACUACAUAGACCAACUAGUCACCACCAGCAGCCAUGUGGAUUACAACAUGGCCACCGUGUCCGGGGUGGGGUUCAGCAGUAGAUCACUUGGGGAAUUUCAAAGCGGCAUGCCAACGCUGUCAUCAUCAUCAUCAUCAUUAUCAUCAUCAUCAUCAUCAUCUUAUCAGCAGCUUUAUACAAAACAACCACCCACAAAUUAUUCCUAUACCAAUCAGAACUCUACACUGGAUCCCUCGUUGGAUGUUUAUGAAAUGUUUGAUUCUACACAAUCACAUGGGUCCACCCACAGAAAGAUGGACAACAGCUUCGUCCUGAACUCCACCAUGACCUGUCCACUUCCUAAUGACAACAGCGUGACACCCAUACCCGGCGACAAGCCCCGCCCACAACUCCCAGCUCCUCCAGCCACCGGCUUCUACCUUUGAUAAUGGAAGCCGCACGACUGACCAAUCAGAUCCAGCCCUGGCUAAAUGGUACAGGAAGAAAAGAACAAGCGUUUCUGAUAUUGCUGUAAAUAUUCAUUGGAGUCUAAUGGUGAGGAUGUGGAUGCACUCGGAGGUGUGGGUGGAGUUGUAGAUUAUUCUGUUUCUGACGUUCAGCCGAGGAUUAUCACACAUCGUUCGGUCCUGACCGCUUGUUAAAGACGCCACUGGUCAAUAAACGUGUCUGAGUGUCGGACACGGUGAGAGCUGUACAUGGCUUUACGCUUCAAUUCCACUAAAAAGCCAGUAUUAUGACAUACACAGAAACAGGAAUAUGCAGAGGAUUCGUUUAUUCAUGAGCUGGACAGAUGAUUAAGAUGGACUUAUACUUGAGAGCUUAACCAACUAAGCACUUCGUUUUUUUAUUGCUUUUUUGCUUCAGCUUGUUGCUGUAAGUUACGCCAGCUAGCUGUGUUUCUUUUUUGUUCUUGGGAAAUGAUGGAUUUGGUAUAUUUGUGACAGAAACAUUACUCUAGCUGCUAUGACACGGUACAUUAGCCGCCAUGUAACACAGCCUAGCGGUGUUCAGUAGUAUAGUUAGCGUCCUUGUGGGCAAGAUCUACUAUCCCCUCUAAACCAUAGCUUUUUAAUGAAAAGAACCAUUUUUGAAGUUGUAAUGAAGGACAGCUAGCGUCCGAACAGAACGGUUAUCUUGCAUGAGGCCUAGCUGCGUUGCGUUUCUUAAACUCUCUCGUUCCUAGCAUCGCGCCAUUUUUUUCAUGCUUUCAAAGAAACAACUGUGAAAUAUUUCUAGAAAUUUUUUUUUUACUUGAGCUUGUUUAUCUGAAAUCCAGUGUGUUUUGUUGUGCUAGCCAUGUAGCUACAGUUCAGGGACAAACCUGAAAAUGUGGAGAAAUGGGAAAAAAAUCUUUAUCAUGAAAUGAAUUAAUUAUCUUGACUUUUCUGGAGUAUUAUUAUUAUAAUGAUUAAUAUUAUGAAUAAAAGGAUAGAUACAGUAAAGUGAAGCCUAUUUGAAUAAAGAUGCUAAAUUAUGAAUAAAAGGAUAUAUGAUAAAUUACUGAAGUUUUAGAAGAGAGAGUGGUGUUGUGAGAAAGCAGUCAUCUUUUUGGAACAGCCAGGGUUUUUUUUUUGAUGUUUUAAAAUCUUUUCUUUAAUCCUAUGGAAUGAAUUAUUACCAGAAGAAGGUGUUUACUUCAUGACUAAACAUGUCUAGACUUUAAUUAGCAUUAGCAUCUGUCUGCAGUUUAGCUUUGGUGAGAUUCAUUCAGCCACCAGUUUAACAGCCGGGAGAGUAAAAGUGAUUAUUUGGUGGUGAGUUGAGGUCAGCGGGGUUGGUGAGGGGAUUUAAUGCCACUGUGAUCAAGAAGAGGUCGGAAAAAUUCGGCUAGAAAAUCCUCUGACCGAACAAUGAGCACCAUUUUCCUCAUGUUUGUGUGUGCUAGCGCUCCCCUCUCUCUUCUCGUCCUCGAGCCAAGUUCCGGCUGAUGGACUGAUGACGUGAGCAGAACGUUGUAGAGGAUCACACUGACCAUCACACUGACCAUCACACUAUCACACUGACUGGUGGAGAGUUUAUUUAGAUCUCGUAGUGUAUGUGAUAAGUUUAAAAAAACAAGACGAGUUUAUUGUUCAUCAUUUUUUAAAUACUUUUAUAUGCAUAAAAAAAGGAUGAAGUUCAAACAAAAGUUCUAGCAGUUUAGAUACUUACAAAAAAAACUUCCUCACUGUACUCGUGUACAUUUAAAUACUUGACCUGUUGAUUAAUAUAAUAUAAAAAUAGCUUACAUACAGUAUAUCAUAAAAUAGAUAGAUAAACCGUUUCAUAUGCGAGCCGAUCAGCUCCAACCUGUGAACGGUCAAAUUUUAAAAUUAAAAAAUAAAAAAUAAAAUAAAAGCUGUAAUAAACACAACAUUUUUUGUUGCGAGCACACUAAAAAAAUGAAUUAAUCCUCAGCACUGACGGAGAUUUACUUACUCAAACUGCUAGGUACAGGCAGAAAGGAUUGUGAUUGGCUACAUCAGGGAACCAAUCAUAAUGAAGAAAAAAAGGACACGUGAUUGUAGAAAAUGACUAAAUUGUCAUUUAGUCAAUUUUUGACUAAAUUGUUAAAAUAUUUAGGAAGCGCGUGCUCGCUUUGUAGCUAGCAUUGCUAGCUAGCUAGCUUGAAUGGCUAAGUUGAGUGUUUAUCUGAAGUGGCGGUUAAGUGUUUGCUAAGUGUAAUGCUAAGUGUUUAGCUCUUUUUUUAUUUAGUCUAGUUACUCUUUUUGUCAGAGGUUUUAAACAAAACUAAUACUCAAACUAGUGACGAAUAAAGAGGAAAAUAUAACGACGAAUAUGUGUAUGAAAGUGUUUUGUUGCAGAAGACAGCUAGCUAGCUAUUUAAGAAUGCUAGCUCUUUAAUGCUACAUUAGCAUGGUUUGUGCUAAGUAAGUAUGUUAGAGUAAGUAAAACUGCCAUGAGCACGUGACCUAGACAGGUUUCCAGACUAAAUACUGCACAAGUUUUCUGUACUGUGAAUUUUUAUAAAAGAAAAAAAAAGGUUAUACAUGUUAGAGGGGAAAAAUACUACAAUAAUAAUAAUAAUAAUAAUAAUAAUAAUAAUAAUAAUAAUAAUAAUAAUGCUGUGAUGGUGAAUUUUAUUGUUGUGUUUAGUGUUGUACUU